GUUCAAAGUUCAGUUCGGAUCAGUCCGUGUCUUAUCGUCAUCGCGAGUGUUUUGUGUUUGCAUGUUUGGAAAGCAUAACAUGUUAAUCGUGCGUUCAGUGAUGAACAUUGGAAAGGGAUGCAGCGCGAGCCAAAGCAUCAGUCGCGCGCAGAUCGAAGUGAUCGCGUGUGAAACACAUGAACCUUAAUUUGAUUUAAAGAGACACUGACCCCCUUUCAUCACAGUCUGGUUUUGAAGUGUACCAUGGCAGCCGAGCUCUCCUCCUCCAUAAACAUUAAAGAACCUCGAUGGGAUCAGGGAACAUUUGUGGGUCGAGCAAAGCAUUUCUUCACUGUCACAGACCCCAGAAAUAUCCUCCUGUCAAAUGAACAACUAGAAAAAGCACGUCAGAUUAUUCAGGAUUACAAACAAGGGGUGGUAAAGCCAGGUCUCAGUGAAGAUGAGCUUUGGCGGGCAAAGUAUGUUUUUGACUCUGCAUUCCAUCCGGACACGGGUGAGAAAAUGCUCCUGAUUGGUCGCAUGUCUGCUCAGGUCCCCAUGAACAUGACCAUCACUGGAUGCAUGAUGACGUUCUAUAGGACGACUCCAGCUGUUCUGUUUUGGCAGUGGAUCAAUCAGUCUUUCAAUGCAAUAGUCAACUACACCAACAGAAGUGGAGAUGCCCCCAUCACUGUAAACCAACUUGGCACAGCAUAUGUAUCAGCCACCACUGGGGCGGUGGUUACUGCUUUAGGACUAAAUGCAUUAGCAAAGCAUGUGUCUCCACUCAUAGGCCGCUUUGUGCCAUUCGCUGCUGUAGCUGCUGCAAACUGUAUCAAUAUUCCACUGAUGAGACAACGGGAACUUAAACACGGCAUUCCAGUAACAGAUGAGAAUGACAAUCGGUUAGGAGAAUCUUCAAAGGCAGCUCAACAGGCCAUUACACAAGUGGUGGUGUCCAGAAUCCUCAUGGCCUCUCCAGGAAUGGCCAUCCCUCCAUUUUUAAUGAACUCCUUGGAAAAGAAGGCCUUUCUCAAGAGGUUUCCAUGGAUGAGUGCACCCAUUCAAGUUGGCUUGGUUGGAUUUUGUCUUGUGUUUGCAACUCCAUUGUGCUGUGCAUUAUUUCCACAAAAGAGUUCUAUGGCGGUGAGUCGCUUGGAACCAGAGUUACAGGAAAAAAUUCGAGCCAGUCAUCCUGGAGUGGAGACGGUCUAUUUCAACAAAGGACUGUGAGAAAAAAAUCUGUGAAUCUCCACUUUACUGUAACUGUUUUACUCACUCAACAUCUUGUUUGUGUGCCAAAGUUCACGUUCCUCUCCAGGACAUCCCAACUCAGUCAUUUUGGAAGAUGUUUUGACAUUUUUGACUGUUUAAAUUGUUUUUAAAAGAAGUACAUUUUGUCAUUGCUGAUCUGUGCCAGUCUUUUGUUGGACAUGUGUAUGACGGUGUUUAUUACUGUACAUACAGUACAUGUAGUAUGUUUUAAGUUUGCAAUUGAAUCUGUGUGUGCUGCCUCUUUAUUCCAUGUGCCAUUUAAUGCCAUUUUCAGGAAGGAUCAAAGAUGGCAGAUUAUGUUCUUUGUCCUUUCUGUUAGUAUGUAUUGCAUCAUUGUUAUCAGUAUUCUCUGUUUUAUCUUUUAAUGAGGGUCGCUGUUUAUACAGUACUGCCAAAUUUCAAAUUCAGUUUUAAGAAAAGUCAUGGGACCUCUAUACACUGAUCAGCCACAACAUUAAUACCACCUGCCUAAUA